ACACAGAGAAAGAGAAGCAGUAGAUCUCAAGCCUUUAGGUUGCCAGAUAUCUUUUUGGGGUUAUCCAUGGAGAGAACAGUAUAGGAUAGAAAGUCGAAAUAAGAAAUGAGAGCAAAAGAGAAAUAGAAAUAGAAAGAAAGUUCUGUGUAUUGGGUUCUUUCUCUCUUAAAUCCCACUUCUUUGUCUCUUUGCUUCUCUUUUCGUUUGAUCCCAUGCUCUUAUUGCUGAAUCUGAUUCUGCGCUUUUGUCUUCUGUGGCAACCUCAGAUCGAUCAAAACAAAACUUUUUCUUUAUCUUCUCCACCUCUACGAAACAUAAGGAAAGGUGGAGAUAUAUAGAAACAGAUACAUAAAGAUUCAGCGGCAGCAAAAAAGAAAGGCAAAAAGAGAGUCUUUGCUUUGGUCACUCACUCAUAAUGGGUACAGGUUGGAGAAGAGCCUUUUGCACUACCAUUCCUAGAGACCCAGAUAUUACCUCAAUUUCAGACAAACAACAAACAAGUCCUAGUCGUAGCCCAAUCCCCAGAAGCUGUGCCAAGCUAGGGUUCCUCUCUGGUGGAACCAACCCCGCCACGCCUCGCCUACGGUCGCAGCCCAUCUCUAGCCCAAGCUUACGUUGCCGAACUACAAGUAAUACUUCGGAACCACCUUCCACGAAUGAAAGUCCCGUGCUCCAUUGCAAAACCACACCCAGAGCAGCUAAGAGUUCAAACCCAUCCUCUCCUCGAUCUCCUCUUAAGCUGUCCCUCUUCAAGAAUAGCUUCAAAUUCAGGAGUAGCUGCGGAAUCUGUUUGAAUAGCGUGAAGACAGGUCAGGGCACGGCAAUAUACACAGCAGAAUGCGCACACGCUUUUCACUUCCCUUGUAUAGCCGCCCAUGUCCGUAAGCAUGGCAGCCUUGUGUGCCCCGUCUGCAACUCUACCUGGAAAGAUGUUCCUUUACUCGCCAUCCACAAGAAUCUUCACCCACAAAAUGACGCCGUUCAGAACACCAAUGCCGAUAACAAUUCCAACAGCGACAAGCAGCCCAAACUUGAAGAGAAAAAAGUUUUGGUGGUCGAAUCUUCACCCAGAGCCAUUAAGACCACCCCAAGACACGAACCCCAGCCAGUAUCUCUAAAUCCAAAAACCUCUGAUUCGAGAUCCUAUGAUGAUGAUGAGCCAUUGCUUUCUCCAACUGCCGGUGGAAGAUUUAUUCCGAUUCCUGAAGCCGAUGAGAAUGCCGAAGAAGGGGAAGAUGACGAUGUCGAGGAAUUUCAAGGAUUCUUCGUUAAUCCUACCCAUUCUUCAAUCAAAUCAGAUGAUGUUACGCUCAAUGGCACCAGUGAUUCCAGAAAUGUUCAGGUCAGACUGUUACCCGAAGCUGCUAUUGUUUCCGUGGGCCGUGGCUAUGAAACUUAUGCGGUGGCAUUGAGGGUGAAAGCGCCACCACCGCCACAACAGGCACGCAGUAGCAAUACGGCACCGCUUUUGGACCCUUUGCAUCGGGCGCCAGUUGAUUUGGUCACGGUUCUUGAUGUAAGUGGAAGCAUGACUGGAGCUAAAUUGCAGAUGCUUAAACGCGCCAUGAGAUUGGUGAUUUCGUCUCUCGGCUCGGCUGAUCGGCUAUCGAUUGUGGCUUUCUCGUCCAGUCCUAAGAGGUUGUUACCUCUGAGGAGAAUGACGGCUCACGGCCAGCGGUCGGCUCGCCGCAUCAUUGACCGUCUCGUGUGUGGUCAAGGGACCAGCGUAGGAGAUGCUUUGAGGAAAGCAAGUAAGGUUCUCGAAGACAGGAGAGAACGGAAUCCAGUUGCGAGCAUCAUACUGCUAUCCGACGGUCAGGAUGAAAGAGUCCAAAGCAAUACUGGGAAUCAACGGCAUGCCUCAGGCCAUGUUUCGUCCACCCGAUUUGCUCAUAUUGAGAUCCCAGUUCAUGCGUUUGGGUUUGGUCAAAGCGGCGGCUACAGCCACGAGCCGGCUGAGGACGCGUUUGCUAAAUGCGUGGGUGGUUUGCUGAGUGUGGUAGUACAAGACUUGAGAGUUCAGCUUAGCUUCGCUUCCGGCUCAGCGCCAGCUGAGAUAUUAGCCGUGUAUUCGUGCAACGCUAGGCCCACCGUUCUCAGCUCUGGCUCGGUGCGGCUAGGCGAUUUGUACGCGGAAGAAGAGAGGGAAUUGUUGGUGGAGUUGAGGGUCCCAUCUUCAGCUGUUGGGUUCCACCACGUGAUAUCUGUUCGUUGCCUUUACAAGGACCCCGCCACCCAGGAGGUUGUAUACGGCCGCGAUCGGGCCCUACUCGUCCCCCGUCCUCACGCCGUGCGAUCUUCGGCACCCAAAAUCGAACGUCUGAGGAAUCAUUUCCUCACCACUCGGGCCAUAGCCGAAACUCGAAGACUGGUGGUGCACAACGAUUUCACAAGCGCGCACCACUUGCUGGCAUCGUCUCGGGCUCUGAUAUUACAAUCCAGCUCCAUAUGCGCUGAUGAGUACGUUAGGGGGUUAGAGGCUGAGCUUGCGGAGUUACAACGGAUUAAACAGCAUCGGCUAGAGCAGCACCAGCAGCAGAUGAUGAUCCAACGGCGGAGAGGAAGCGAGAGGGAGACAAUGGUUAUGAUUGACGAGAAUGGAGAGCCGCUCACGCCUACUUCAGCUUGGAGAGCGGCUGAAAAGCUGGCUAAGGUAGCCCUGAUGAAGAAGUCGUUGAAUAAAGUCAGCGAUCUGCACGGCUUCGAAAACGCUAGAUUUUAAUUAAGUGGAAAAAAGAAAAGAAGAAAACCUUUUCUUCAGGACAUUAUUGAUUUUGGGAAAAAGAAAAGAAAAAAAAAAAAUUAAAAAUGAAGGGAGGUCGAAAUUGUGGAUUAUAAUUAGAUAGAUAGAUAGAAUAUAUUUUUAUUGUAAAAGGAGGGACAAGCUGAUUGCAGACGGCGCGGGAAAGAGAUAGAGAGGGAAUACCCCACGGGAUCCAUAGCGUGGGUGUUUAAGCUUGUCUUUUUAAUUUUCAAUCAAAAAUUGAAUCCACAUUUGACUCAA